AGGCCUUGCUACAUUCCUUCCUAUUCCCACGACCUUCACUCUCACCUUGUCCUUACUUCCGCCAUUUCCUCCUGAAAAAAGUGACGUCACAGUGGGCGGCUCCCUCUCAUUGGCUGAAUCUCUGUAUGACAUCACCAGGCCAAGACAGUAUAAAAGGGGCCGCAACAUACCAAACAGGCAGAUCAGCAGCUUACACUUACCAGCAGCUGUGGACAAAGGGAGCUCUCAACCACUGACCACCUCUCUACCCUCCCAUUUCCUCUCCCGCAGCAACUUCAAGGUCCCACUGCCUGUGCACAGAGAGCGCUCCACGCCACGCAGCCAUUCCGCAACCAGCGGCAACAGGACAAUGCCCAAAGCCCUGGGCAAAGGGAGCCUCGCACAAGCAAGAUCCACAACCUGUCAACGUCUUCUCAGGGAGCUGCAAAUCCACAUGGCACAACAAGGGACUCCGCGGGCGUGGAAAAGAGGGGCGGCCAACCACCCAGCAUCUUGCACUCGGGUCUCUCAUGGCCACCGCAACGGCGCAACUGCUACCGGCAAAGGGAUCUCGGAAAAACACCGCAGAUUGAAGAUCCUCCCCGUGUGGAAGUUGGCUGGAAGGUUCCAAAGGCUUCCCACCACACAUUCUCUCUCUAACCUCUCCUUUAUUCCCUGGCAGCUGGAAGGUCCCCACGGCUCAGGACACGGCGCUCCAUGCCACCCAAGCACUCGGCACAAGAAAGGAUUGCAGAGUCAUGGAGACCAGAAGCUCCACUGCAACCAGGCUAUCUCCAACCUCCCGUGCUCUUCCUGUCAGCUCCACCUUCCACACCGUCAUGGGCAACGGGUCAGCUCUGCACCACGCGGCACCUCUCACGGUCUGCACAGGGACCUACAACUUCCCCAGAGCUGCGCACACCCAGAGCUCGGCACCACACACCUGCGCUCGAAGCUCUCAUGCCCUCCAACACCAUUGCGACGUGUCAAGAGAAAUGGAGAAAGGGAGCUCAGAAACACACCGCAUCUUUCUAACCUCUCGUGCCACUCAAGGUACACACAACUUCCCCGUAACCUUGCACAAAGGCAGCCCCGCACCUCUCGCCUCCUCUCUAACCCAUCUUGCCCUACCUUGCAGAUGGAAGUCUCAAUGCCAACAAGCAUGGCAGCUUCAGCACAUCUCCCAUGUGUGCUGUCUCUCCUGCCUUGCCACGGCAGCUACAGGGCUGCAGCUCCCCCACGGAAUAUGGGGAGCUCUGCACCAACUAUUAAAAUGCAGUCAUUCAAUUAGCUACUCUGCAUGAAUUUUAAAUCUGUAGUUGUCUAUUUAUGAAUGAAUGUCAUAUGUGAUGUUUCAGCUCCUCAAAUCUGCACAACGUCUUAAAACUUACGGAACUAUUGUAUUUUCCAAAAGGUUACAAGAAUUUUGUAUAUCUACAUGUAUCUUGUCUGAUAUCUAGCCACUAAAAUAUUUCUUAACUUUCUUUUUUGUAUUCACUGAUAAUUACCAGAGGUCUGAUUUAACUGCACAAGAUCACAAUGGGAUCUUUUCCUUGCUGCUGUUUUUAAACAGUAAUUGUUAAAUAAAAUGUUUAAAUAAUGGUAUUCAUCUUUCUUGAUAUCCACUUUUCUUGUUCAAAAUAAAGGUAUUUUGC